GAACCUUGCUAAGUCUUCCAACAACGCAUUAGAAUGGGUUUGUUACCACUCCAAAGCCAAAAUAAGCCGACAUGUGUACGCCCAAACGAUCUCGCGCACAGAUGCCAUCGCUCUCCUGUUGUUUGGACCCCGAGACGUGUCUAUCUACCACGAGUUAGCCAGGGUAGUUGUAGGUAAUUGGAUACAGUUGCAAACCAGCCCGCUUACGGCUGCUAGACUGGCCUGGUUUAAGGUGCGCAUGGACGAAGUAAUCCGGGACAGAAUAACGGGACGGGCGGGAGAAGCCGGAGAGGCUGGUCGUAUAUUAGAUACGGCUGCAGGAACUUUAAAUUAA